AUGCAGCAAAAGAUCGCCGCCCGGUCCCAGUCCUCCUACAGCUUCCAAGACGACGACAACUACGACGACGAAGACGACCUCCGGCGUGGCCGACGCAACGGCGACAACCAGUACCAGCUGGCGGCGCAGAUUCCCCAAAUCACGAGCAGCUACGACCGGCAAGCGGACGAACUGCGGCACCGGGCCGAGUGCCUCAAGGAGAUGGAAGUACUGCAGCGGGACAUUGUCGAAAUUCAGGACCUGUUCCAGGCGGUCCACAAAAUGGCCCACGGUCAGGCGGAAAUGGUUACGGCGGUGGAGGAAAACGUCGAGGUGACCCAGAUCCAGGUGGAGGAGGGUGUAACGGCGCUGCAGCGAGCCCUGCGCUACAAGAAGGCCAUCUAUCCGAUGUGUGGCGCCCUGCUGGGGUCCUGCAUAGGCGGUCCGAUUGGGUUGGUUGUUGGACUGAAGGCCGGGGGGUUGGCGGCCAUAGGCGGGGGGUUGAUGGGAUUCGCCGGGGGAAAGUACAUCAAAAACGAGGAAGGGGUGGACGUGGUCGAUGCGAUAGACGGUGGGGACAAGGGCGUUGAGGUGGAGGCUAAUGGGGCGGCGCUGGCGGUGGGCGCGACGGAACAGGAACAGGACCAGCAGCAGUGGGUGAUUUGCGAACGGAAGGAAUGA